AAAACAAACGAGAUGUCUGUGCCCAAGUUUGUCAUCAGACUUUUGUCGCAGGCAUUUGUGAGUGUUAAAAAUGUUCACAAAACAGUCAUAUCCCAGCGCUGUAUCCACACAACGAAUGUGCAUCCAAGAGCUGCUUCUACCAAUGUCUCACAUGUACACGCGGAGGGUACAACUGGCCACCAGCUGCCUUCAGAUUUAUUAUCACCAGAAGAGCAGAUGAUGAAAGAUUCUGUGGCUCGUUUGGCUGCAGAGAAGAUACAGCCAUUUGUAGCGGAGAUGGAUCGGACUAGUCAGAUGAAACCAGAAGUCAUUCAAGCUCUUCACGACAAUGGGCUUUUGGGAAUUGAAAUACCUGCUGAAUAUGGCGGCACAAACUCAACCUUUUUUGUGGCCACAAUUGCCAUAGAAGAGUUAGCAAAAGUGGAUCCAUCCGUCAGUGUACUGUGUGAUGUGCAGAACACACUGGUCAACAUGCUGAUUGUCAGACUUGGCACAGAGGAGCAGAAACGGAAAUACCUCCCUAGACUUGCUACAGAUAUGAUAGGAAGCUUUUGCCUCUCUGAGGCAGAGUCUGGAUCAGACGCCUUCUCGUUGCGGACAUCAGCAGUUCUGGAUAAAGGCUAUUACAUUCUGAAUGGAACAAAAGUGUGGAUCACCAAUGCAGAACAUGCCGGCGUUUUUCUAGUGAUGGCAAACGCCAGACCUACAGCUGGCUACAAGGGAAUCACAUGUUUUAUUGUUGACAGAGAGACCGAAGGAGUCAAUGUUGGGAGGAAAGAGGACAAACUUGGUAUCAGAGCUUCCAGUACCUGCUCUGUCACUUUUGACAAUGUCAAGAUUCCAGAGAGCAACAUCCUCGGGGAAUUUGGGAAAGGCUACAAGUACGCCAUUGAGAUGUUGAACAGUGGCCGCAUUGGGAUAGCAGCCCAGAUGUUAGGGCUUGCUCAAGGAUGUUUCAAUCAUGCUGUUGAUUACACCCGUGAAAGGAAACAGUUUGGGAGAAGAAUCUAUGACUUCCAGGGCAUGCAGCAUCAGAUUGCCCAUGUGGCAACUCAAAUCCACAUUGGGCGGGUCAUGAUGUGCAAUGCUGCCAGGAUGCACCAGCUAGGUCUGCCAGUGGUCAAGGAAGCCGCCAUGGUGAAAUACUUUGCUUCUGAGGUAGCCACCCUGACCACAUCAAAGAGCAUUGAAUGGAUGGGCGGUGUAGGUUUCACAAGAGAUUACCCAGUAGAGAAGUACUUCCGCGACUGUAAAAUUGGUACUAUAUACGAAGGGACCAGCAACAUUCAGCUGAACACCAUUGCCAAAUGUCUGGAACAGGACAAACUGGCAGGUUGCUAA